GGAUAUGUGGAUGGAACAAUCCUAUGCAUGCCUACUGCCCAAGUGACUACAGGCACAACACUGACUACCACACCACUCCCACUGGACUCCACACCAUCAUAUGAUGAAUGGAAAUUCUGUGACUCUCAUGUAUGCUCACAUAUCAUCCUCAAUGUCUCUGACUCUAUUGGAUUAGGAUUUAAGGUAAUGAAAACAGUGAAGGAGGCAUGGGACUCAAUAAUAGAUACUUACACUGUUCAAAACAAUAUGGCACUAUCUGAAGCUCAACAGAUCCUCCAGAACAUAAAGUAUACAGAGGGCACCAAUAUGAAUGCCCACAUCCAGAACCUCUUCAUGAAGUAUACUGCUGUUGAUAAUUUGUCUGAAACCAGGCAGGAAUUAACAGACAAAGACUUCAGAGGAAUAAUCAUAUGCUCUUUCUCACAAUGGAAACUGACUCUCAAUUGUAUCUUCUCUAUACCAGUGCAAGAUGUCAGUUGA